GCGCGCCUCAGUACGAAUUACGCGCUCGACUCGUCAACCUCGUGGACUCGGGCGUGAAACCCGGAUUCGCCGGUAUCCGCUACUGCUUUUUUGUUGGAGUCCUCAGUGGACAUUAAGUACGCAACGAACCACGCCAGAACCUACAUCGCCCCGACAAAGCCAUGCUGAUCCGGCAGUGAGCCACAGGAAUCUCCCGAACUUUAAAAACACCCGAAAUGACGCACAUAGCUGAGCCCAAAGGCGGCGGCCUUAAACGCGAGAUGGGACUAAUGUCCGCCAUCAACGUGAUCAUCAGCGUAAUGAUCGGUUCCGGUAUCUUCGUAUCCCCAACCGGUGCGCUCAAAUACUCCGGCAGUGUCGGGUUCUGCCUGGUGGUGUGGGCCGUUUGCGGUGUCAUCUCGCUGCUGGGAGCGCUUUGCUUCGCCGAACUGGGAACUAUCGUGCCACGAUCCGGAGCGGAGUACGCGUAUCUCAUUGAGGCGUUCAAGAAAUCGCACCGAUACUGGGGUCCACUUCCGUCGUUUAUCUGCGCCUGGGUUUACGUGGUGGUGCUACGACCCGCGGAGAUCGCCGUGAUCAUCCUCACCUUUGCCGAAUACUCAAUCUUGCCGUUCAUCAACGUGCUCGGACUGGAGAGCUUGCCCAAAGAGGAUCUCCACAAUCUUAUCAAGCUGGUAGCUCUGUUAGGUUUAGGAAUCAUCACCUACAUCAACGUAAGCAGCGUCAAGCUCUACGUCCGAAUCAACAACAUCUUCGGCUUCUGCAAGGUAUUCGCUUGCUUGAUCGUGAUCUUUGGUGGUAUCUACCAGCUAGCGAUCGGCAAUGUCGAGAACCUGUCGCGAGGCUUCGCCGGUACCAACUUCAGCCCGGGUAACAUCGCACUCGCCUUCUACAAUGGCCUGUGGGCGUACGACGGGUGGUCCAGCGUUACCACCAUCACCGAGGAAAUCAAGAAACCGGAAGUGAACAUUCCCCGAUCCAUCGUGAUCGCCGUGCCCAUCAUUACCGGCCUCUACGUGUUUAUGAACAUGGCGUACAUGACGGUGCUCUCGCCAGAGGAAAUGAUCAACUCGGAAGCAGUCGGACUGGACUUUGGCGCCCGCACCUUGGGCUCCUUCUCCUUCCUCAUUCUGGGAGUCGCCCUGUCAACGUUCGGUUGCGCCCUCAGCAUCCAGUUCGGCGUCACGCGGCUCUGCUACGUCGCCAGCCAGGAAGGCCAGAUGCUGGAACCCCUCUCCUACAUCCACGUGCGUCGAGCAACGCCCGUUCCGGCGGUCAUCAUGCAGGGCAUCCUGGCGUUCGCCUUCAUCAUGGUCGGCAACAUCGAAACGCUCAUCGAGCUGGCCUCCUUCCUGAUCUGGUUCUUCUACGGGUCGGCCUUUAUCGCGCUGCUAACGCUGCGACGUACCCAGCCGAACGUCCACCGGCCGUACAAGGUGCCGCUGUUUGUGCCCAUCUUUGCGCUGGCCGUUUCGGUCUUCCUGUCGGUGGUUCCGAUCGUGAGCGAUCCAUCGCCCAAGUAUUUCUUCGCCGUCGGGUUCAUUCUGAGCGGAGUGGCCGUCUACACGCCGUUCGUGUACUACGGCAUUCGACCAAAGUGGAUGGAUAAAGUGACCUAUCUGUUGCAGGUGCUGUAUGAAGUCGUUCCCACCUCGGAAAAGGUGGACUAAAUUUGCCUAAGAUAUUGUGCCUAAGAAAAGUUAUUUGUAAUAAAACAAAGAUUUGACACUUUAGAUAA